AUGUUUAUUCUUAUCAUGUCAACAGCCAUGCAAAGUGAAAUACGACCUGAAGAUGAUGCCAGUUUUUCAGAUGAUAACCUAAGCGAUGUCAGUCUUGAUGAAGAUGACGAAGAAUUGAUCGGAAGAGUGUUCUAUGGAGAUUCAGAGAAUGACCUGGGAGCAAGUGACAAUGAAGAUUAUGAUUCAGAAGAAUCUUCAGAUGAGAUUGAUGGUUUAUCAGAUAUAGAUGAUGUGGAGCUUGUAAAUAAAUAUAAGACCUUGAAGGCAGAUAAAAUUGAUAAAGAUUUGAAUGAAGAAGAAAAGAAACGAUUGUUAAUAAACAAUUUCACUGAAGACCAAAUGGAUAGAUUUAUUGCCUAUAGGCGUAUGAGAGUAAAUAAACCUGGGGUUAAAAAGGUUUGUAAUGGGGUUAUUGGUCACCCUAUCCCAAAUAAUAUAGCAGUGGUUCUUGCUGGUAUCUCAAAGCUGUUUUUGGGUGAUAUAAUUACAAAAGCAAUAGAAAUACAGGAAAAGGAUUAUAAAUCAAAACUUAUCCUUGAUAUAGAGGAUAAGAAGAAGCAAAAGCGAGAAAUAUUAAAAAGUCUAGAGAAAGGAAAAGAAAUUGAAGUUGAUGAUAGGCGAUUGCAAUAUGAAGGUGAUUAUGCAAAGCCUUUACAACCUCAUCAUGUUAGAGAGGCAUGGAGAAUAUAUAAACUUGAAAACAGUGGAACGUUUAAUCCGCAAUGGAGGAGACAAGGUGAUGCUGACGGGAAGUUUUUUAGAUAG